AGAUCUCGCGCUAUAAGACAGCUUCUCGUGAAGCUCAUUAACCGAUAAAUUUUUUUCAAAAAAAAACAAACUCCCCACUUCCUGCAACAAUCUCGCUUUCGAGCAAGGGAGACGGACGACAUGGCUACGGACUCGUACGAAGACGCGAUUGCAGGACUGAAUCAGCUUCUCAGGAAGAAGUCAGGAGUGGGGGACGUAGCCGCCGCAAAAAUCAAGCAGCUAACGUCGGAGUUGGAGGAGAUGGGUUCGUCCAAGUCUGACGCGGUUGAGCGAAUCAAAUCCGGCUUUAUCCAUUUCAAGACUCAUAAUUACCAGAAGAAUCCUGAUCUGUACGAUCAACUUGCCAAGGGUCAGAGCCCCAAGUUUAUGGUGUUCGCGUGUUCGGAUUCACGAGUAUGCCCUUCUCACAUAUUGAAUUUCCAACCGGGGGAGGCCUUUGUUGUCAGAAACAUUGCGAACAUGGUGCCCCCUUUUGACCAGAAAAGACACUCCGGGGUUGGUGCUGCCAUUGAAUAUGCUGUUAUACACCUUAAGGUGGAGAACAUUUUGGUGAUAGGACACAGCUGCUGUGGUGGAAUAAAGGGGCUCAUGUCUAUUGAAGAUGAUGCUGCCCCCACACAGAGUGACUUCAUAGAAAACUGGGUGAAGAUAUGUGCACCGGCGAAGAACAAGAUUAAGCAAGAACUGAAGGAUUUAAGCUUCGACGACCAAUGCACCAACUGUGAGAAGGAAGCGGUGAACGUGUCGCUGGGGAAUCUACUGUCGUACCCAUUUGUGAGAGAGGGAGUGGUGAAGAACACACUUUCCAUAAGAGGAGCUCACUACGAUUUCGUCAAUGGAACCUUUGAGCUCUGGGAGCUCGACUUCAAGACCUCCCCUUCCUUUUCCUUUUGAUCUUCCUUUCUCCUUCCAAAAAUAUAAAAUAAGGUGUAAGCAAACGCUGCUGCUACUCUCGUUUCCUAAUCAAACCUUUGUGAAAAAAGGUUUCUUCUUUUGUUCCUGGGAUUCAUGCAAUUCAGAGACUUUGGAAGAUCUUUGGACAAUUCAGAGACUUUGAUUUGAAAUAA